AGUCGCGGCCUCCAGCGCUUUAGCCUCUCUCUUCUCAGUGCGCACGCGCUGCCGGCAGUCACCCUUGCCGGGUCGUAGGGAGCGUGCGGAGGCAGCUGCGGGGUGUCGAGUGGUGGUGGUAGCCUGGCGAGCGGCGCCAUGAGCGGCUACAGCAUCGAGGAGCGUGCGGCGCCCUACAGCCUCGAGUACCGGCUCUUCCUUAAAAACUCAAAUGGAGAAUAUAUCUCGCCAUUUCAUGACAUUCCGAUGUAUGCAGACAAGAAUGUGUUCCACAUGGUGGUGGAAGUACCUCGAUGGACAAAUGCAAAGAUGGAGAUCGCAACAAAGGAUCCUUUAAACCCCAUUAAACAAGAUGUCAAAAAGGGAAAGCUCCGCUAUAUUGCCAAUGUGUUCCCUCACAAAGGCUACAUCUGGAACUACGGUGCCAUCCCUCAGACUUGGGAAGAUCCGGGGCAUAAAGACCAGCACACCGGCUGUUGUGGAGACAACGACCCCAUCGAUAUCUGCGAGAUUGGAAGCAAGAUCUGCUCCAGGGGAGAAGUCAUCAAAGUGAAGGUGCUGGGCAUACUGGCCAUGAUUGACGAAGGAGAGACCGACUGGAAGGUCAUCGCCAUCAACGUGGAUGACCCCGACGCCGCCAGCUACAACAAUAUUGAUGAUGUCAGAAAGCUGAAACCUGGUUAUCUGGAAGCAACCGUGGAAUGGUUCAGAAAGUACAAGGUGCCUGACGGGAAACCAGAGAAUUCAUUUGCUUUCAAUUCAGAAUUUAAAGAUAAGGACUUUGCUGUGGACAUCAUUAAAAGCACUCAUGAUCACUGGAAGGCCUUGGUGGAGAAGAAAACAGAUGGAGGAGGAAUCAACUGCAUGAACCUCACCGUAGAGAACAGCCCCUUCAAGUGCAGUGUGGAAUCUGCCAAAGCCAUUGUAGACACCAUGCCGCCACCUUGCGAGUCAGCCUGCGUCAUCCCCACAGAUGUGGACAAGUGGUUUUAUUACCAGAACAACUAACGGCCCGAGGAGGCCCAGCCAGCGCCACUGCCUUCCCUCGGUCCGGACAGCCUAGAUUCCGUCGUAGCUUUGUGGCGGCGAGCUCUGAGGAGGCAGCUCGACGCCCAUGUUCAUAGUUGUGUGCACUCGGCCCUCCCGCUCCCUGCCUGCGCGCCGCCGUCCCCGGGGUUGGGCUGAAGAGAAUUAAGCCGGUUGUGGAGGGAGAAGCAAGCAUGCUUUGCAUGUCUGUGUUUACCAUGUUAGAGAAUAAAAUUAUUUUGCUGAAGCUCA